CCAUCAUCGUUGCCCUCAGCAUUGCCUGGUGCCCCGGCGUUUCCACUGCAGGAUCUGAACGCCGCGGCCGGUGGUCGCACACGAGAUCAGGUUCGUCUAUUCUACCAACAGACCUGGCACAAACUUCGUCGUUACAUCAAGUACCCGGAUGGUGUGCCGCAACACGUCAGGGAGGUGUAUGCUCUAGUGAACUGGUCGAUUAUGCGUUCAAGAAUAAAGAAAGCUCCCGCCCAGGAGUUUACGCUUCCGGAGGAUGUGUGGAUUGAAUUGGUUCCUGCCAGUCAGAUCGUGGCUUGGCGUGUGCUUGAAGCUGAGCAGAACCCUCGUCUACGCCUGCGCGUUGAUAUCAAUCGUCAGCUCUCCGACGUUAUCAGCCUGGUUGAGGCGAAAUGGAUGUACCCCGUUGAACGUAUUGUAAGUCUCCUGACCCUACGAGCUCCCUUCUUCUCCGCCAAAACGUCGCAGUUAUACAGCUUUGUGGAUGUCAGCGUUAACUUCUAA